CCAUAUAUGUAUAUCUAUGUAUCGAUGGUGGAGGCGAUGGGGUGGGCUCAGGAUCUCGAUACCAUCUAUUUCCUCGUUUCUUUCAUGCCCGCCUCUCAUCUCCUUAUCUCUCUCUCUGUCUUCUUCAGGUGACCAAAGGGAUCUCGUGUUUCUUGACUUGAGACAUUUAUGCUCAUGAGGCAAGGCUUUUUCAGAAGUGAAGUGAAGGAAGGAGAAAAGGUUAUGAGAAAUAAAACCCUAAAACUAACUGCCUCUGAACCUACCGCCAAAAGAGAGCAGUGAAGUGUUGCCAUGGGCGCCGACCCCGAAAACCUUAACCGGGCGCUGACAGAGACCCGCUUUUCCGACCUCAGGCCCGAGCUCUCUGAGUCCGUUCUCGAAGCCUUAUCUCAAACAGGGUUCGAGUUCUGCACUCCAGUUCAAGCCGCUACAAUCCCUUUGCUAUGCAAAUUCAAAGACGUAGCAGUAGACGCCGCCACCGGCUCAGGAAAAACUCUAGCCUUCGUAGUUCCACUCGUCGAGAUUAUCCGUCGCGUUUCCACCCCUCCAAAACCUCACCAGGUAAUGGGAGUAAUUAUUUCUCCCACAAGAGAACUAGCGUCUCAAAUAUAUAAAGUUGCGCAGCCAUUCAUUGCGACGCUUUCGAAUUUCAAGUCCAUACUUUUAGUUGGGGGAACCGAUGUGAAAGCAGACAUGACAAUGAUAGACGAGGAAGGAGCUAACUUGUUGAUUGGCACUCCUGGAAGACUAAACGAUAUUAUGGAAAGAAUGGAAAUUUUGGACUAUAAGAGCUUUGAGGUUUUAAUUCUAGAUGAGGCAGAUAGGCUAUUGGAUUUGGGAUUCCAAACGCAGAUAAAUGCAAUUAUAUCUCGCUUACCCAAGCUUCGUAGAACUGGCCUCUUUUCAGCAACUCAAACUGAGGCGGUUGAAGAGCUUGCCAAGGCAGGGAUGAGAAAUCCUGUGAGAGUUGAAGUACGGGCCGAAACAAAGCCGGCAAAUGGUACAGUAUCAUCGGAACAAGCUGCAUCUUCAAGAACACCUUCCAGUCUUCACCUUGAGUACUUGGAGUGUGAAGCAGACAAAAAAUCAUCACAGCUUGUGGAUCUUCUUGUUAAGAACAAGAGUCAAAAGAUUAUAGUAUACUUCAUGACUUGUGCUUGUGUUCAAUAUUGGGGCCUUGUUCUUCCGCGUCUUGCUCCUCUCAAGGGUUUCAAUCUUAUUCCACUAUGUGGGGAUAUGAAGCAAGUUGCAAGGGAGAAAGCCUUGGAUCGUUUUAGAUCACUUUCGAGUGGUAUUCUUCUAUGCACUGAUGUUGCAGCACGUGGGCUGGACAUCCCAGGUGUUGAUUUUGUGAUUCAGUAUGAUCCCCCUCAAGAUCCCAAUGUUUUUGUACAUAGAGUUGGACGAACAGCUCGCAUGGGCAGAGAAGGAAAUUCAAUCGUUUUCUUAUUGCCAAAGGAGGAAGCUUAUGUAGAAUUCCUACGUCUGAGAAGGAUUCCUCUUCAAGAAAGAGAAAUUUCUGAAGAUGCUUCUGAUAUUAUUCCUCAGAUACGAUCUGCAGCAACAAAGGACCGUGAUGUCAUGGAAAAGGGAGUGAGAGCAUUUGUUUCUUUUGUUUGUGGAUAUAAAAAUCAUAAUUGCUCAUACAUUUUCAGGUGGAAAGAACUUGAAAUCGGGAGGUUGGCCAUGGGAUUUGGUCUCUUGAAGCUUCCUUCAAUGCCUGAGGUGAAGAGGUUUUCACUUUCCAUUGAGGGUUUCACUCCUGCUGAAGAUGUCAAAUGGGAGGACAUUAAGUUCAAGGAUAAAUCUCGGGAGAAACAAAGAAAGAAAAAUUUGCAAGCAAAGAAAGAAAAGCAGUUGCAUGAGCAACCUCGAAAGCCCAGCAAAAGUUCAAAUGCUGAACCUAGUGCAAUGAGGAAGAAAACAGCUAAACAGAGACGUGCUGUGCAGACAGUUGAAGAUGACGAUGAGUUGACACGAGAUUACCGCCUCCUGAAGAAGCUGAAAAAGGGGACUAUUGAUGAAAGUGAGUUUGCAAAAUUAUCAGGGAUUGAAGACUUUUGAAAUUCAUGAUACAUGAUACAGAGGUGAUUUUGCAAAUACAUUCAGAGCCCACCAAAAGAGCAGCUCCAAAGAUGAAAUGAAUCAUAACCAGUGGUUGCAAAAUUUACCUGAAUUAAAGAAAUACUUUAAAGUUUACGGGAUGAGUAUGAAGUUUUCGGAGGAUAUUAAACCUUGGAUCUUCAUAGUUUUGAAGGCUAACCAGGUACAACGAACCACCAUAUUCUAUUCUGCUGGGUACCUUGCUGCUGGUGAUGAAGAAUUAUAAAUUUAUAAUUUGUCCUUCUCUGCUCAUGCAUAGGUUUUUGAUAUUGCCUUUUGGCUUUGUAAUUCAGUUUUUUUCCCUUCCCUAUUUAAUUCGUUGUUUUUCCGUUGAUUUUGAUGAAUUGAUAUUUUGCUUAGCUUGACAACAAAAAAAGAAGAGACAUUAGUGAAUUUGUAUUCUGAUACAGUGGUAGUGGAAAAAAAACAACAUAUUUAAAGUUUUACUAUAUGGUUAGCACUGGAGCAGUUCACUGUAUAUGGAACCUUAAAUUUGUUAGCUGAAA